ACACACACACACACACACACACACACGCAAAGCUGCAGGAAGAAGCAGAAGAAGAGCCGAACCUCCUCCUCUUCUUCAUCUUCUCCUGCAGGGAUUUAGGAGAGAGACGCGCGCACGUUCUUCGUGUCGGCUCGCAAAUGACUUGUUGAAGAAAUACACGCGAUUGGAAGAAGACAGGGUGGAGAAAAGCAGGAAAAAAACGAGCCUAAGCGUGGAUAUAGAAAGGAGCGGGGCAUGUGGAUAUUGGCUCUUAUCUUUUCCCAGUGCAUCUUGAAUGUUCUCUGUGAAGAUCUACGUUCCAGCUUGUAUUUUGUCAAUGCAUCUGUGCAAGAGGUAGUGUUUGCCAGCACCACAGGGACGUCGGUGCCCUGCCCCGCCGCAGGCGUGCCACCUGUCUCACUGCGCUGGUACCUGGCCACCGGUGAGGAGAUCUAUGAUGUGCCAGGGAUUCGCCAUGUGCACUCCAAUGGCACCCUCCAGAUCUUCCACAUCCCUCCUUCCAGCUUCAGCAAACUCAUCCACGACAGCACCUACUAUUGCACAGCGGAGAACCCCUCAGGGAGAAUCAGGAGCCAAGAUGUCCACAUUAAGGCUGUCCUACGAGAACCCUACACUGUUCGGGUGGAGGACCAAAAAGCCAUGAGAGGCAAUGUGGCGGUCUUCAAGUGCAUUAUACCUGCCUCAGUGGAGGCUUACAUCACUGUUGUGUCCUGGGAGAAAGACACAAUGUCAAUCAACGCUGAAAUGUCACGGUUUCUUAUCACAUCCACGGGAGCCCUUUACAUCCUAGACGUCCAAAUGGAGGAUGGGCUGUACAACUACAGGUGUAUGACACGCCAUCGGUACACAGGAGAGACCCGACAAAGCAAUAGUGCCCGCCUUAUUGUCUCAGAUCCCACAAACUCAGCACCACACAUCCUGGACAGCUUUGAACGCCGCGAGGUGAUGGCUUCUCAUCGGGUGGAGUUGCCAUGCAAGGCCUCGGGUCACCCGGCGCCCAAGUACCGCUGGCUGAAGGACAACCGACCCCUGGAGCCCGACACACGUUACCGACAGAGUGUGACGGGGCUGCUCAUUGAGAGAACACAACCCAGCGACACGGGCGCGUAUGUGUGUGAGGUGUGGAAUGGCUACGGCAAUGCUGAGGUGGUUGGCAGGCUGCUUGUGAAAGAGACCCUGAAAGUUGUGGUGAGCCCUCGAAAAGUGAAGGGCAGCGUUGGCAGCCAGGUUUCACUCACUUGCGGUGUAACUGGCUCUGAAGAGUACCAGUUGUCUUGGUAUCGCAACGGCGAGCUCAUCUACCCCAGUAACAGCGUCCGGAUGACGGGUCAAAACAGGGAAAACCUCGUUAUGGCUGGGAUGGCCAAAAGCGACGGAGGAGCAUAUCAAUGCUUUGCCAGACAUGGGAAGAUGUCAGCCCAGGACUUUGUUCAGGUCAUCUUGGAAGACGGUACACCAAAGAUUCUGACAUCAUUUAGCGAGAAGGUCUACAACAUCAAUGAGUUUGUAUCGCUGUCAUGCACUGUGAAGGGCACACCGGAGCCCAGGGUGACCUGGACACUUGAUGACGAGCCAGUAAUACGGGACAGCCGCCAUCGGAUUUCCUACUACACCAACACCGAAGGUCACGUCGUCAGCCACCUCAACAUCAGCCAGACCCAGGUCCCGGAUGGAGGGGUUUAUCGCUGCAUCUGCAACAAUUCAGCAGGGGCCAUUUCCUACCAGGCGCGAAUAAACGUAAGAGGGCCUGCCAGCAUCAGACCGAUGAAAAACCUCACUGCUAUCGCUGGGCGGGACAUGUACAUCCACUGUCGUGUCAUCGGCUACCCUUACUACUCAAUCAAGUGGUACAAGGACUCCAAUUUGCUGCCGUACAACCACCGGCAGCGGGCCUUUGAGAACAACGGCACCCUGAAGCUUUUCGACGUGCAGAAGGACGUGGAUGAAGGAGAAUACACGUGCAAUGUGCUGGUGCAGCCACAGUUGUCCACACAUCAGAGCGUCUACGUCACUGUGAAAGUCCCACCGACCAUCCACCCAUUCGAGUUCCCUCGCUUUUCCAUCGGCCAGAGAGUCUUCAUCCCCUGUGUGGUUAUGUCUGGUGACCAACCAGUCUUCAUCACCUGGCAGAAGGACAGGCGGCCGAUACCAGCCAGCCUCGGCGUCACUAUUGACAACAUCGACUUUACCAGUUCUCUGCGGAUCUCCAAUCUCACUCUGAUGCACAACGGCAACUACACAUGCAUCGCACGCAACCAAGCUGCAGCCGUGGAGCAUCAAAGUCAGCUCAUCGUCCGAGUUCCUCCUAAAUUUGUGGUGCAACCAAAGGACCAGGAUGGCAUUUAUGGCAAAGCUGUGAUUCUGAACUGCUCAGCUGAAGGCUAUCCUGUUCCUACCAUCCAAUGGGAGUACUCCAAAGGUGCCGGGGUCCCUCAGUUCAAACCCAUUGCCCUCAACUCAGGCUUUCGGAUUGAGGUGCUGGUCAAUGGCUCCUUGCUCAUCAAACAUGUGCUGGAAGAAGACAGUGGAUUCUACCUUUGUCGAGUCAGCAACGACGUUGGGGCUGAUGUCAGCAAGUCCAUGUACCUUAAUGUUAAAAUUCCUGCCAUGAUCACAUCCUACCCCAACACUACGCUGGCCACACAAGGUGAGGAGAAGAAAAUGAGCUGCACGGCCCACGGUGAGAAGCCUAUCAUGGUGCGCUGGGAGAAAGAAGAACGCAUCAUCAACCCCGAGACCAGUCGCUACGUAGUUACAGUCAAGGAGGUGGGAGAUGAAGUCAUCUCCACCCUGCAGAUCAUGCCCACAGUGAGAGAGGACUCUGGAUUCUUUUCCUGCCAUGCCAUCAACUCCUUUGGAGAAGACAGAGGGAUCAUCCAGCUCACAGUUCAAGAGCCCCCAGACCCCCCAGAGGUGGAGAUCAGAGAAGUGAAAGACAGAACCAUUGCCCUGCGUUGGACGAUGGGAUUUGAUGGCAACAGCCCAAUCACAGGCUUUGAUAUCGAAAGCAAGAACAAAUCAGCCUCCUGGGACACCGCUCAGAAGACCAAAGAUGUCUCACCUCAGCUCAACCAGGCCACAAUCAUCGACCUCCACCCCUCCUCCACCUACAACAUCCGUAUGUUCGCGAAGAACCUCAUCGGGAAGAGUGAGGCCAGUAACGAGCUCACCAUUACCACUGAUGAAGCAGCUCCUGACGGACCACCUCAGGAUGUGCAGCUUGAAGCCCUCUCCUCUCAGAGCAUCAAAGUUUCCUGGAGGGCACCCAAGAAGCACCUCCAAAAUGGAGCAAUCAAAGGCUACCAGGUGGGCUACAGGGAGUACAGUUCGGGUGGAAACUACCAGUUCAGCGUUAUCAGUGUGGAAACAACAGGGGACAACGCAGAAAGCCUGGUACUGGACAACCUCAAGAAGUUUACCCAGUACGGGGUUGUGGUGCAGGCUAGCAACAGUGCAGGGACUGGGCCCUCUUCUACAGAGGUGGCUGCCACCACACUGGAGGAUGUACCAAGUCGUCCUCCAGAGAACGUCCAAGCCAUGGCUACGUUUCCAGAGGUUAUCUCCCUGUCCUGGCUGACCCCACCUAAGGAUGCACUGAACGGAAACCUUCUGGGUUUCAGAGUUAUCUACUGGGCCAACCUGCCUGAUGGAGAGCUGGGUGAGAUCAGUAAUGUCACGACUUCCAAGCCCUCACUGGAGCUGGACGGCCUGGAGAAAUACACCAACUACAGCAUCCAGGUGUUAGCCUUCACCCGAGCAGGCGAUGGUGUCCGUAGUGAACAGAUUUAUAUCCGCACCAAGGAGGACGUUCCUGGUCCUCCGGGCGGUGUAAAGGCGGCAGCUGCUUCCAACUCAGUUGUGUUUGUGUCCUGGCUUCCUCCUGUCAAAGUGAACGGCAUCAUCAGAAAAUACACAGUUUUCUGCUCCAACCCACAUCCCACGGUCAGCAGUGAGUUUGAGGCAGCCCCGGAUGUGUUCUUCUACCGGAUCCCCAACCUGAGCCGUAACCGACAGUACAGCAUUUGGGUGGUUGCUGUCACUGCUGCAGGCCGUGGAAACGCCAGCGAGAUCAUCACAGUUAAACCCAUGGCAGAAGCUCCAGCACGCAUCUUGACCUUCAACAGGACAGUGACGACACCCUGGAUGAGAGACAUUGUGUUACCGUGCAAGGCAGUGGGCGAUCCGUCUCCAACAAUCAAGUGGCUGAAGGAGAUAAACGGAACCCCCGCACCUGUCGUGAUUGACAGCCGGCGCAGUGUCCAUGGCAACGGCAGCCUCGUUAUUCGCACAGUAAAAGCGGAGGACUCUGGGAACUACACCUGUGUGGCCAGUAAUAGCUUUGGCUCCGAUAUGAUCGUCCUCAACCUGCAGGUUCAAGUUCCACCUGACCAGCCUCGCCUCACAGUGACCAAGACCACCACAACGUCCAUCACACUGUCCUGGAUACCUGGAGACAACGGCGGCAGCUCUAUCAGAGGCUACAUUUUGCAAUAUUCGGAGGACAACAGCGAGCAGUGGGGAAACUUUGCCAUCAGUCCAAGUGAGCGUGCCUAUCGGCUUGAGAACCUCAAGUGUGGCACCUGGUACAAGUUCACACUCACAGCCCAAAAUGCUGUGGGGCCCGGACGCAUCAGUGAGAUCAUUGAAGCGAAGACUCAUGGGAAAGAGCCUCAGUACUCCAAAGAACAGGAGCUCUUCACCAGCAUCAACGCCACCCGAGUCAAGCUCAACCUGAGCGGCUGGAACAACGGCGGAUGUCCGAUCACCUCUUUCACGCUGGAGUAUCGUCCCAUGGACUCGCCUUCGUGGACCACGGCGCAGCGCACCUCCCUCACCAAAAGCUACGUCCUGUAUGACCUGCAGGAGGCCACCUGGUAUGAGCUGCAGAUGAAAAUCUACAACAGCGCCGGCUACGCUGAGAAGAGGAUCAAGUUUGCGACGCUUAGCUACGACGGCAGUACCAUUGCCCCGCUAGUUAAGGCCCCUAACAUAAGCGAGGACACGUCCGGUGGAAGCGAAGGUUUGAAAAUGAUGGUGACCAUUUCUUGUGUGUUGGUGGGGAUCGUCGUCAUCUUUAUCGGCCUGCUGGUGCUGAGGAGGAGGAGGCGUGAGCAGAGGCUGAAGAGACUACGAGAUGCAAAAAGUUUGGCUGAGAUGCUAAUGAGUAAAAACACACGUCCAGCCGAGCCAGUCAACAAGCAGCAGCAAACGCUGCGAAUGCACAUCGACAUUCCCAGAGCUCAGCUUCUAAUCGAGGAGAGAGACACCAUGGAGACUGUUGACGACAGGUCCACUGUGUUACUGACCGACAACGACUUUGGGGAAACCCAGAAGCAGAAGUCCUCCACAGUCACCCACACGGUCCACUACCAGUCCCUCUCCCAGGCCACCGGUCCUCUGGUAGACGUGUCCGACGCCAGACCAGGAACCAACCCGACUGCCCGCCGUACAGCCAAAGCUGGCCCGGCUGCCCGCAACCGCUACGCCAGCCAGUGGACCCUGAACCGCCCACAUCCCCCCGUCUCUUCCCACACGCUCAGCACUGACUGGAGGCUGCCCACGCCCAGAGUGGCGGGCUCUGUGGACAAGGAGAGUGACAGCUACAGCGUCAGCCCAUCUCAGGACACAGACCGCGCGCGCAGCAGCAUGGUGUCGACGGAAAGCGCCUCCUCCACUUACGAAGAGCUGGCCAGAGCCUACGAGCACGCCAAGAUGGAGGAGCAGCUGCGCCACGCCAAGUUCACCAUCACUGAAUGCUUCAUCUCCGACACCUCCUCGGAGCAGAUGACCGCCGGCACCAACGACUACACCGACAGCCUGACGUCCAGCACGCCGUCCGAAUCGGGCAUCUGCCGCUUCACCGCUUCGCCGCCCAAGCCUCAGGACGUCAGUCGGGUCAUGAACAUGGCGGUGCCCAAAGCCCACAGACCAGGGGGCGAGUUGGUGCACCUUCCUCCCUACCUGCGCAUGGACUUCCUGUUAAACCGAGGCAUGUCCUGCUCAGGCUCAUCCAGAGGGGCGGCCAGCGGGGAGAGGGCGGCCAUGGGCCAGGCCUGCCUGGAGCCGCAGAAGAGUCGCUCGCUGAAGCGGCCCUCCCGCAUGGCGCCCCCGACGCCGUCGGAGGCCCUUCAGGCCAGCAGGGACCCCGCCGCCCAGUGGCAGCCUGGCUCGGCCGCCACGCUCCCACACAGGGAGGGGUCGGAGUUGGCCCAGGCCGCCAAGCUCAGCACUUCGCAGGAGUCUCUGCUGGACUCACGUGGACAUCUCAAACAGAGCAGCAACCCCUACGCAAAGUCCUACACGCUUGUAUAACAGCAGGGGGUCCGGGACUCGAACUCACUUCCACGCUGGACUUAACACUCAAGUGCAGUAAAGGGACUCAACACGCAGUUCUGUAAAUACGCCCUCUGAGGUCGGGGUCACUUUUACUAAUCUACUUUUAUUUAUUUGACAACUUUUUUUUUUUUCUUUUUUUUUUUUUACACAUAAGUAAACAAACAAAACGACUGCAGCCAAACGAAUUAAGAAAUGACGGAAUAUUAUUUGUUCAUUCUUUUUAUAGAAUUCAUGAGUGAUUAUUAAUAUUAACAACAGAAUUAGUUAAUAAUCAUGAAUUACGGAUGGUUCUAUUAUCUAGCUUGUUUUGAUAAGAACUUCUGUUUGUUUUUCUUCAACGGAAGAUGAAAUAUAAAGAAAUUGACAUCUUUUCAGCUGUUGUGAAAUUGUUACUUUUUAUGAAGAAGAAGAAAAGAAAAAAAAAGUCUAUUUCCUAUGGAUGCAUGGGGACGACCCGCUCUUGGACAAUGAUGACUGCUCCGCCGAGCAUUUUGUCACGCGUAUGAAAACGAUUCCAAUGUGAAGAUUUAUUAUUCUUAUUACUAUAUAUAUAUCUAUAUAUAGAGAGAUUUAUAUAUAGAUAUAUAUAUUCAUAUAUAUAUAUAUAUAAAGAGAAAAAUCAAUUUUAUUUGUGGAUAUUACAGGGAAGAAUUGGUUUGGUUAUUAUGAUCUUCAAACUUGUUUUUAAUUAGAAAAAUGGCGUCUCUGUCGAUCUUUCUCUGUGUCCCAUUCUCUGAUGGUGCAAUAUAAGGAAAAAAAGACAAGUCUAUCAAAACUAUUGCUCUAUGCUGUAAUAAUGAUAAUAAUAAUAAUAAUAAUAAUAUGUUGUGAGUGUGCUGACAUGAGGUAGAACAGGGAGGGUUUCACACCACGAAGGCCCCCAGCCCCACCCCACUCAAAUAGACCCUCUUCUCUCAGUGCACUAGGAUGAGUCCUCAGGGCUCUCAUGCUCCUCAGUAGAUCCAACAUUGCCGCUCUACAGGGAAAACAUGUGAGACAAUCUAGCAGAUCCCUCCCUUCAAACCAAACGUAUAACUUAUGGUAAAAUACCAGAAAAAAAAAAAAGAAAAAAAAGAAUUGUCGCUUAUUCUUUCGUGGUCUUUUACCCACCCCCACCCCUGGUGUGUUUCUGUUCCCCCCGCCGAAGGGAGAAGAAUUAUUAGCCAUCUUUCGGCGAGGUCUUUCAUGUCCGUUUGUACGAUUUAGUUCUACAAUUAACUUUCUGAUGAUUGUUUUUUUUUAUUGUUUUUUCUUCUUUUUUUUUUAACAAUGUCACCUUUUAUUUUUUAACAUUUGGUGUUCACUUUGGGUGACACUGGAAUAAAGAGAAACUAACACAAUAUUGGCAUUUGCUGAAUAAAAUGGCUGUUCCCAG